CGAUGCGCAGGAAGCUACCACUCGACGGUCCGAAUUUUUCAGAGAAACCUUCAAGGCUGUAACAGAUUGAUCACUCGACCUUCUGCUGCUUUGAAGAUCUACGAACCUUUCUCGAGUUUCUCAGGUUUGCAAAUUUGGUCUUUUUGCUAGCUGCGUUGCCAUUGACGGCCAAACACCAUAUUGUGCCCCUGAAACUUUCCCACGAGCACAUUUCGAACAACUGGCAGCUGCAUAUCCAUUGACAAAAGGAACCCUUUGUUACGCACCGAGUAUCUCUCAAUAUGUCCGCCAAAUCCAUCACUGAGGCCGACGGCAAGGCCAUCCUCAACUACCACCUCACACGCGCCCCUGUCAUCAAGCCCUCUCCACUGCCCGCCGCUGCGACGCACAACCCUCCCCCGCGUUUGGCAUCGCUGUACUUUGCUGAGGAUGCCGAUGUGAACGGCGUCUUGGACCAGGCUGAGGUCACCUACCCUUGGCUUUUGCAGCCCGGCGCCAAGUUUGUCGCGAAGCCCGACCAGCUCAUCAAGAGGCGAGGAAAGAGCGGUCUUUUGGCCCUGAACAAGACCUGGGCUGAGGCCAAGGCGUGGGUUGCUGAACGCGCCGGCAAGGAGCAGAAGGUUGAGCACGUUACCGGCGUUUUGAGGAACUUCUUGGUUGAGCCCUUUGUUCCUCACCCAGAUGGCACCGAGUACUACAUCAACAUCAACUCGGUCAGAGAUGGUGACUGGAUUCUCUUUACGCAUGAGGGUGGUGUUGACGUCGGUGACGUCGACGAGAAGGCAGAGAAGCUUCUCAUCCCGGUCGAUCUCUCAGAAUACCCCUCAAAUGAGGAGAUUGCCAGCGCACUGUUGAAGAAGGUCCCCAAGGGAAUUCACAACGUUCUGGUUGACUUUAUUACCCGUCUGUACGCCGUUUACGUCGACUGCCAGUUUACCUAUCUUGAGAUCAACCCCCUCGUUGUUAUUCCCAAUGAGGAUGCCACAUCUGCCGCUGUCCACUUUUUGGAUCUUGCUGCUAAGCUUGACCAGACCGCCGACUUCGAGUGCGGUGUCAAGUGGGCCAUUGCCAGGUCUCCAGCUGCCCUUGGUCUUGCUGCAACCGCUAGCAGCAAGAUCAACAUCGAUGCCGGCCCGCCAAUGGAGUUCCCCGCGCCGUUUGGUCGUGAAUUGACAAAGGAGGAGGCAUACAUUGCCGAGCUGGAUGCCAAGACGGGAGCUUCGCUCAAGUUGACCGUUCUCAACGGCAACGGACGCGUAUGGACUCUUGUUGCCGGUGGUGGUGCCUCGGUCGUUUACGCUGAUGCCAUUGCCUCGGCCGGCUUUGCCGAUCAGCUCGCCAACUACGGCGAGUACUCUGGUGCCCCUACGGAGUCACAGACAUACCACUACGCACGAACAGUGCUUGACCUGAUGCUGAGGGCCCCGUUGGCCCCCGAAGGCAAGGUCCUUUUCAUUGGCGGUGGUAUCGCCAACUUUACAAACGUCGCUUCCACUUUCAAGGGUGUUAUCAAGGCACUCCGCGAGUAUGCCAAGGCGCUGAACGAGCACAAUGUUAGCAUUUGGGUGCGUCGUGCGGGUCCUAACUACCAGGAGGGUUUGAGGAACAUGAAGGCAGCCACCCAAGAAUUGGGCUUGAACGCCAAGAUCUUUGGCCCAGAGAUGCACGUCUCCGGUAUCGUGCCUCUGGCGCUCAUCCCUGGCAAGUGGGAGGAGGGCAACUUCGAGGAGUUCAAGGGUUAGACUUGAUAACUCGAUGUUUGUUUGAUUUUAUUUAUAGAGGAACAUAGAAGGGAAAACCAUUUACAGGAUGGAUGAUGAAAGCCGGAGCUGUUGCAAGUUUGGGCGGGGUGGGGGGCGUUUGAGGUCAAGUGAACGACAACCUGAGAUACCGACCAUGGUUUGAUGCUCAUUCUGCUUACUUGUAAGCUGACGAUGGCGGAAUGGAAUUUUUUGAGAGCAAAAUUUAUCCCGUGGUAGCUCUGUAAUUGAAGCAAAUGAAAUGACUUGAACCUA